CCGCUGACCUAUAGGGAAUGGGGCGGUGCUAACGGUUCAUUUCCGGUUGUGGCGCCGGAAGUUCUGGUCUCCGUUGGAAACGAGGCCUAGGAAGGGUCGUGAGGCCAGGCAAGGAUGGGGCGUAGGAAAUCAAAACGGAAGCCUCCACCCAAAAAGAAGAUGACAGGGACACUUGAGACACAGUUUACUUGCCCCUUCUGUAACCAUGAAAAAUCCUGUGAUGUUAAAAUGGAUAGAGCUCGGAAUACUGGAGUGAUAUCAUGUACUGUGUGUCUGGAAGAAUUUCAAACCCCAAUAACAUAUCUUUCAGAACCAGUGGAUGUUUACAGCGAUUGGAUAGAUGCUUGUGAGGCAGCCAAUCAGUAGCAGCAACUGAAGAGGAACUUGCCAGGAAAUAACAACAUUUCUGAACUUGAGCUGGGCUGGAUUGAAUUGGAUGGGGGUUGUCUGUUAUGUCUUGCAUUGCUUACAGAAUGUGCUGAAGUAACAACUGGGGUGGCUGGGAAAUUGUGGUUCUUAUUGUCUCCCCCAUCCAAUAAUCCUGUCCUUUUGUGUGAAUAUUAUUGGAUUGUACCUCUAAAACUAUCAUUUGAACCUCCAAGAAAGAGAAAGGCAAGCACUUUUAUAAAGAGCCUGGCCAUUGGACAUCUUAAUGUCAAUGACUGCUUUGAUCACAGUCCUAUCAAGGAUCCCUCAGUUUAUAGAAUGGGCUUCAAUGAAAGCAUCUUUGUAUCUUGAUACCUGCUGGUAUUACUUGGGAGUGCUAUGCUCCUUGUGUCCAAGGUUAAACUGCCCUGUUUAACUAGCAACCCUACACAGGUGAUAAGAAAUAAUUUACUUCUGGUUUCAUAACAUAGUAUUUUAGUAUCUGGUUGAGUACUAGACUGGAGCACUACAGUAACUUCCUUUGAUAGGCUGUUUGCCAUUAGAAAGGAUCGUAGUGGGUUCUGUUUGUAUUUCCACACUUCCAGGAGAAUGACUCAUUUCCUGCCAAGUUAUUUUUCUGUGCCCAUUUGUGCAUUGGACUCUUCUCCAUUUUCUUGAUACUUGGCAAGUAGAACUCUUUUCCACAAAUUAGUUUGGAGAAACCUGAGUUUGCCUCUGCAUAAAAACCAUGGAUCCACCAAUACGGUGCAAAAAAAUUCUCAACAGUUUGAUUUUACAAUUUCAGAUAGAAACUUUAUAACCUUUGAAGGAAGUGUAGUUUUAAUUUACUUAUUUGAAAGUCGACUUAGUUGCCAAUAAUAUGAAAUUUCUGAGAUUUGAUCCUCUGCACAACUGAGUGAAGGAUGUUGACAAUUCUAAUACAGCACAAAACUUUCAUUCAGGCUUCGUGCCUGGCUGAGAAGUUGUGUCAUCUUCUGACAAAUAGGUGGUGGAUAAUGUGCACAUGUGGAAUUGAACAAUAUGUUGUUCUAGAUCCCUGCCUUCUCCCCUUUCAUUUUGCUUUCGAAUCCUCUUCACUGUAUUUCUAGAUGUGUCGUGAGCAUGCAGUGUGCUUGCUAGAACUGUUCACUCAAUUGCGCGUUUGACUCCUUUUCUCUUACUUACUUUCUGGUGGUCCGAUAAUAGGUCCUUCCAGACAACUUCCACACAUGUAAUUGGCCACAGAGGGGCAAGCAGCGGGAGAGCUACACUUCAGAGCAAGGGGUUGGGUGGGAGUUUCCUUCUGAAUCUGGUUAUCAGGAAUGGGGAAGCAUUUGGCCCGUCCCCUGCUUGGCAGCGAGGAGGCUUUUUAAGAUCUGAACCAAAAGGAAUUCCAUGUUCUUUUUGUGAUUUAUGUGCAUGUCCUUAUAUGUAAAUAAUAUCUGAGAUAACAGAAACUCGCCUCUUGAUUUUAUGUAUUUGAGGAGCUUCUGAGGUAAUUAACAUGCCUUUUAAAUAAAUACUAUAUUAGAAAAGUA